CCCUGAGCAGAAGACAUCUGACUGAACUUUUGCAACCUGUCAUUGAGGACAGUGGAAUUGGUCUUUCAUCACACCAUGACCACUUUUCUGGUGCUCGCUCUCCUUCUGGUACCCAUGCAUGUCAGAGCUACCUGGAGUGCCAAGUAUGCAGUAGAUUGUCCGGAAUCCUGUAACAGCAGUGAAUGUAAAAACCCGCAGCAUUGUAAGCGGACUGUGUUGGAUGACUGUGGCUGUUGUAGGGUGUGUGCUGCAGCUCUGGGAGAAACUUGCUACCGGACAGUUGCAGGAAUGGAUGGUGUCAAAUGUGGACCCGGACUGAAGUGCCAAUUUUUUUCUGAAGAAGAUGAUUUUGGAGAUGAGUUUGGUAUCUGCAAAGAGUGUCCCUAUGGUACUUAUGGGUUGGAUUGUCUAAGAACCUGCAGCUGUCCAUCUGGCAUUUGUGACAGAGUAACUGGAAAGUGUGUAAAAUUUUCUUUUUUCCAAUUGGCUGCAUCAAAACCUCCCCACCAACGAAAAUUACUGCCACCUGCAGAGAAUGACAUGGGAUCUGGUGAUGGUAAUUCGGUAGAAGAGGAUUUUGUGAAGGAAAAAGUCAUUCACUCUCCAAUCGUCAAAUGGCUAAAUCCUCGCUGAUAUUAGCCAAUGUGGGUUAGAUUUCUAACCCAUGCUUUCUUCUAAUAAUGAAUGUUCAACAAACCACUUUAAAAACAGUAGAUCUCUUGCAGAGGAAAUGUUAAUUUUUUUUAAAGAAGACUCAGUUUAUGUAUCUUUGGGAAAAGAUUGAAUUUCAGUAAGAAACUGUGUACAGUGUACAUGAUUUUUAGAAAUAUCUUCUGAAUACUAUAUGAAUCAUGAAUCCUUGAAUGUAAAAUAUAGUUGGAACUUGCAUAUUGCUGGCGCUUACAUAUAUAUUGAAAAACAUGUAUAUCUUAUUUUUUAACAUUCUCAAUUCUAUAUUUCCUGCACAAAAUAUUUAUUCAGCAAAGAAUUAAAAAUAGUAUGGGGAAUAAAAAUUAGUAUAUGUACUGUUGACUGAAAUCCUAAUUCCAGCAGUAGAGUAACAAUAAUACAGGUAAUAACUGUUGAAUAUGGAACCAGCCUUAAUUCUGAAUCCUAUACAUAUUAUUUGCUAGCAAUACAGUAGGACUUCCUUUUCUAUUAAACAUUCAGAGAAUUUACUUUAUGGCCACAGUCUUAUUCAGAGCUAAAACAUAGACUAAACAAGACUUUUAACUGUUACCAAUUAGCUUUACCCACAUUCAGUUCUUUUGACUCCCAAUAGGUCUCCCGUUCAUCUCUGAGUUACUACUACUUUAGCACCACUAGCCUCAAAGAUUAGUUCUCUUCUGUUGAAAUCAAAGAAGACGGUAAAAGCUUUAAGCAUGACUGGUCUUAACAAUUACCUUCCUUAUGGGUAACUUAUUUGUGAAAAUUAAAUUGUGAAGGCUCUGUGUCUUAUAAUGUAUUUAUUGCGGUUAAAUUCAUGUUCCCUUUUGCAGUCAAUCAAACUUAGUCUGGCUUGAAUUGUGCUGGCUUGAAUUGUAAAGCUGAACUGUGUAUCUGAAGAUUGCAGCUCACAAUAAGAGUGCCAAUACAAUCAACAUUACAGAAGUGCAAACACUUACUCUCUAAGUUAAUGGAUCAUUUGAAGGCAAAUAAGAUUUGAGGCUCCUUCAGGAAUUCUGAGUUGCAUAAAAAGAAGAAAAUUGCUUGUAUGGUUUGGUGGGCAGGAUGAAAGAGUUUAUUUAAAUGGUGUUGUGAAUAUUUACAUGAGUAUAACUCUUUUGUUGUUUGCUUUGCCAAAUAUGACGAAUCCUUCAAAAUUGUGUAACUAACUAACUGUUAUUAUAAUAUAAGAUUGUAUUUCUAUAGUUGUUCCUGUUAAUGUAAUUAAUCCUUAAUAAAAUGGA